AUGACAGGAAGAAAUCAAACUGUCAUCUCAUACUUCUUCCUCCAGGGCCUGCUGGUUGAGCCAGAGCAGCAAAACCUAUUCUAUGCCCUGUUUCUGGCCAUGUAUCUUACUACCUUCCUGGGGAACCUCCUCAUCAUUUUCCUGAUUCGCCUGGACUCUCAGCUCCACACGCCCAUGUAUUUGUUUCUCAGCAAUUUGUCUUUGUCUGAUAUCUGUUUCUCUUCAGUGACCAUUCCCAAAUUGUUGCACAACAUGCAGAGCCAAGACCCAUCCAUCCCCUAUGCCGGCUGCCUGACCCAGAUGUACUUUUACCUGUUUUUUGCAGACCUGGAGAGCUUUCUCCUUGUGGCCAUGGCCUAUGACCGCUAUGUGGCCAUCUGCUUCCCCCUGCACUACACCACCAUCAUGAGCCCCAAGCUCUGCCUGUCUAUGUUGGCGCUGGCCUGGGGAGUGACCACGUUCCAUGCCAUGUUACACACUCUGCUCAUGGCCAGGUUAUGUUUUUGUGCCGACAAUGUGAUUCCUCACUUUUUCUGUGACAUGUCUGCUGUGCUGAAGCUGUCCUGCUCUGACACUCGAGUCAAUGAGUUGGUGAUAUUUAUCACGGGAGGGCUUAUUCUUGUCAUCCCUUUCCUACUCAUCAUCACGUCCUAUGCACGAAUUGUAUCAUCCAUCCUCAAGGUUCCUUCUGCUAGAGGUAUCCGCAAGGCCUUCUCCACCUGUGGCUCCCACCUGGCUGUGGUGUCACUGUUCUAUGGGACAGUUAUUGUUCUCUAUUUAUUCCCAUCAGCUGACAAUUCUACUGUGAAGGAGAUGGUCAUGGCUAUGAUGUACACUAUGUUGACGCCCAUGCUGAACCCUUUCAUCUACAGCCUGAGGAACAGAGACAUGAAGGGAGCCCUGGGGAGAGUCUUUUGUAAAAAGAAAAUUUUCUUCUUUACAUGAUGAAAUGAAGAUUUGCUAUGUGAAGAACCCCAUCCAGCUGAG